UGGGUCCGGUUCGCUCCAGUCCCGCUGCCGAGCCUCACGCCGCCUCACGCCAUGGCUUUCGUCACCCGGCAGCUCGUGCGCUCCCUGUCAUCCUCAGCUUCCUCCUCGGCGAAGAAGAUCAUGGUCAAGCACGUGACGGUCAUCGGCGCGGGGCUCAUGGGCGCCGGCAUCGCCCAGGUGGCUGCGGCCACCGGCCACACGGUCGUGCUUGUGGACCAGACCGAGGAUCUUCUGGCGAAGUCCAAGAAGGGGAUUGAGGCCAGCCUGAAGAAAGUGGCCAAGAAGAAGUUUGCGGAGAACCCCGCGGCCGGUGACGAGUUUGUGCAGAAGAGCCUGAGCAACAUCACCACCAGCACAGACGCGGCGUCGGUGGUGCACAGCACGGACCUGGUGGUGGAGGCCAUCGUGGAGAACCUGAAGGUGAAGAACGAGCUCUUCCAGAGGCUCGACAAGUUCGCUGCCGAACACACCAUUUUCGCCAGCAACACGUCCUCGCUGCAGAUCACCAGCAUCGCCAAUGCCACCAGCCGCCAGGACCGCUUCGCCGGCCUCCACUUCUUCAACCCGGUGCCCAUGAUGAAGCUGGUCGAGGUCAUCAAGACGCCGAUGACCAGCCAGAAAACGUUCGAUUCUCUGAUGGACUUCAGCAGGGCCGUGGGCAAGCACCCGGUCUCCUGCAAGGACACUCCGGGCUUCAUCGUCAACCGCCUCCUGGUGCCCUACCUCAUGGAGGCCGUGCGGCUGUACGAGCGAGGUGAUGCGUCCAAGGAGGACAUUGACACGGCCAUGAAGCUGGGCGCCGGCUACCCCAUGGGCCCCUUUGAACUUGCCGAUUACGUCGGGCUGGACACAACCAAGUUCAUCAUCGACGGCUGGCACGAGUUGGACAGCAAGAACCCCUUGUUCCAGCCCUGCCCAGUCCUGGACAAGCUGGUGGCAGAGAAGAAGCUGGGCAAGAAGACCGGGGAGGGGUUCUACAAGUACAAGUGAGGCGGUGGUGGUGGGCUGGGGGGCUUUGGCCCAUCUCCUCUCCCCACACAGUGCAGCCACGUGCCUUGUUUUCUUUUUUUAUUGCAAUCUGCCCCAGUGAUUUACGCUAGUUCCCACAGUAGCGAAUCCCUCCCUUGGAGAAUUAACUCCCGUCCUUACUCUGUUCGUGCAUGUCUUUUCUAAGAGGCUUUACACCCUCGGUGCCUUGGAGCAAACCUUUCUUUGGAGCCUUGUGGUCACUGAGAACCACUUUCGUACCUUCUCUGGGUGAGGGGAACGCCCCUCGGCAGUGGGGGCGCUGGCCCCAUCCUCGCCUCGCACAGCGGCUGAGAGGGGCGGCCUCCAUAACCAGCCUCCCCACCUCAGAUGCCCCGCAUGCUGCAACCUCUGGGAGCCCUUGCAGGCCAAUGUGUCCAUGCCCCGGCCUGGAACCCGCUCCUUUACAUCUGCAGCCAGAGUGAUUCUCAUCUCUCUCUCGUUCAUGAGAAAUCAAAGUGCCUCUGAAAAACAGGCUCAAAUUAAAGACAACCUUUUAAUCUGGAAAUGUGAAUGGAAAUAAAUGAAUAGUUUUAAAUCA